AUGUUUUAUCAUAGCAGCAGCGUUACUUGUUCGAUCACAAAUGUUUCAAUAGUAACCGUCACUCAAGCCGUAUGUAUUUCUUACUUUUCCGAUCGCUACUACGCCAUAUUGUUUGUUUAUUAUUUACACUUCCGUCUUACUUUCUUUAUUUCUCUCCUCUUCUUUCUCGCUUAUCUGUCCUUCAUUUUCUCUCUUUCCCUUUCUCUCUUUCACUUUCUCUCUCGCUCUCUUCUUUUUCUCUUAUAUGCCUUUCAUUUUCUCUCUCUCUCUCUCUCUUUCCCUUUCCUUCUCUCUGUCUUUCUCUCUCGUUCUCUUCUUUCUCUCUUAUCUGGCCUUAAUUUUGUCUCUCUUCCUUUCUCUUUUUCUCUUUCUCUCUUCUUUCUUUCUUAUCUUCCUUUUAUUUUCUCUCUCUCCCUUUCUCUCUUUAUGUUUUUCUCUCUCUCUCGCUGUCUUCAUUUUCUCUUAUCUGUCCUUCAUAUUCUCUCUCCCUUUCUCUCUUUCUUUUAUCUCUCUCUCUCUCUCGCUCUCUUCUUUCUCUCUUAUCUGUGUUUUAUUUUCUCUCCCUCACCCUCUUUUUCACUCUUUCUCUCUCUCCCUCUCGCUGUAUCACCUUUGUUCCUCAUGCCGUGCCUUUACGUCACUGACUGUAUUCAUAGCAGCAACAAUAAGGCUAAGACUUCAUCACCCCACCACAUUGCUUAUGGACACCCCCUUCCCACCAUGCACGAGCACAUUCUUCUCACUUUCUCUUCCUUCUAUCUACCCUCUUCUUCCGCACAACCUCCCCUCAGCAUAGACUUGCAACCUCAAAUCGAAUGGCUUUUUAACGCACAAACACUUCAAACCUUCUCUGUAUUUUCUUUCUUCUCUUUCUCUAUCUUCCUCUCCUUCUAUUUCUAUCUAUCUGUCUCCCUCUGUAUUUAA